AUGACGGCUACUAAGAUUGACGGUACUGCAAUUGCGCGGAGUAUCAGGGAGCGUCUGGGGCGACAAAUCCACCAGCGCCAGGAAACGAAUCCGCGGUACAGGCCGUCGCUGAAGAUUGUGCAAGUGGGAGAUAGAUCUGACUCGAGUACCUAUGUGCGCAUGAAAUUGAAGGCCGCCGAAGAGGCCAACAUCGAUUGCGAGGUAGUCAAGCUCCCCGAAGACGUCACCGAGGCAGAGCUCCUCCAGCGAGUCCACCAGUACAACAACAAGCCGACCAUUCACGGCAUCCUCGUCCAGUUGCCCCUCCCGAAGCAUAUUUCCGAGCAUGCUGUCACGUCUGCGGUCGCCCACGAGAAAGACGUGGAUGGGUUUGGAAUCACGAGCAUCGGCGAGCUAGCAAAGAGGGGUGGACAACCUCUUUUUACACCAUGCACGCCCAAGGGCGUCAUGGUCCUGCUACGAGAAGCCGGUGUCCAUGUGAAAGGGAAGCAUGCAGUAGUAUUGGGCAGGAGCGACAUCGUCGGCAGCCCGGUUAGUUAUCUUCUCAAGAAUGCCGAUGCUACUGUCACCGUCUGUCAUUCAAAGACGACCAACCUGCCAGAGAUUGUCAAGCAGGCCGACAUCGUCGUGGCGGCAAUCGGACAGCCGGCCUUUAUAAAGGGAGACUGGAUAAAGCCGGGCGCCGUCGUCAUCGAUGUCGGAACCAACUACUUACCAGACGCAACAAAGAAGUCGGGCCAGAGGCUUGUUGGUGACGUCGACUUCGAAUCCGCAGCCGAGGUCGCCUCGCAGAUUACUCCCGUCCCUGGAGGUGUCGGUCCAAUGACAGUUGCAAUGCUCCUGCAGAAUGUUGUCGACUCCGCAGACGCAGCGUUUGAGAGGCAGAAGACGCGGCAUAUCACACCACUGCCAUUGAAGCUCGAGGACCCAGUUCCCUCAGACAUUGCUAUCUCAAGAAAGCAGCCCCCCAAGCCUAUAACCGUUAUUGCGAGAGAAGUGGGCAUCAUGUCACAUGAGCUAGAACCCUACGGCUCAACCAAGGCAAAAGUCGACCUAGCAUUGCUGGAGCGGCUUGAACACCGCCGAAACGGUCGAUACGUUUUAAUUGCCGGCAUCACGCCUACUCCACUAGGAGAGGGGAAAUCUACUACAACAGUGGGCCUUGCUCAAGCUUUAGGGGCUCAACUCGGCCGCAUUUGCUUUGCCAACGUUCGACAACCGAGCAUGGGACCAACGUUCGGUAUCAAAGGUGGUGCAGCAGGAGGAGGCUACAGUCAAGUCAUUCCGAUGGACGAGUUCAACCUUCACCUUACUGGAGAUAUUCAUGCUAUCACUGCCGCCAACAACUUGCUUGCAGCGGCCAUUGAAACCCGUAUGUUCCACGAGAAUACCCAGAAAGAUGGUCCCCUCUACCGAAGAUUGGUCCCAGUAAAGAAAGGGAAGAGGGAAUUUGCACCAGUCAUGUUCCGCCGGCUGAAGAAGCUUGGGAUCGAGAAGACUAACCCAGACGAUCUGACUGAGGAUGAGAUUCGCCGAUUUGCUAGGCUAGACAUCGACCCGGAAACCAUCACCUGGCGCCGCGUGCUAGAUGUGAAUGACAGACAUCUUCGACAAAUCACCGUCGGUCAGGCCCCAACGGAGAAGGGAAACACCCGGGUUACAGGUUUCGAUAUAUCUGUUGCAAGCGAAUGUAUGGCUAUUCUUGCUCUCAGCAAUGAUCUGGGCGACAUGCGAAAACGGCUUGGACGCAUGGUUGUCGCUAGCUCUCGCAGUGGCGACCCAGUGACCUGCGAUGAUAUAGGAGCAGGUGGUGCUUUGACCGCCCUUUUGAAAGAUGCCAUUAAGCCAAAUCUCAUGCAAACCCUUGAAGGUACUCCCGUCUUCGUCCACGCCGGCCCUUUCGCCAACAUCAGCAUUGGAGCAUCUUCGGUACUUGCCGACAAACUCGCACUCAAACUAGCAGGCACAGAACCUGAUGAAGAUCACGAAGAGAAGACUGGAUUCGUGGUUACAGAAGCUGGAUUCGACUUUACAAUGGGCGGCGAACGCUUUUUCAACAUCAAGUGCCGGUCUUCCGGUUUGAUUCCGGAUACAGUCGUCAUUGUGGCUACUGUACGCGCUCUCAAGGUUCAUGGAGGUGGCCCAGACAUCGCCCCCGGUGCUCAACUCCAAGAGGUAUACCGAACGGAGAAUGUAGACCUUCUCCGGAAGGGUUGUGUUAAUCUCAAGAAACAUAUCUCAAAUGCGAAGCAAUUUGGCGUCCCGGUCGUCGUUGCUAUCAAUCGCUUUUCGACCGACACGCAAGCCGAAAUCGAUGUCAUCAAGGAUGAGGCGCUUGCUGCAGGCGCCGAGGAUGCCAUUCCUGCAAACCACUGGGCUGAAGGUGGCAAAGGCGCCGUAGAACUCGCCAAAGGAAUCAUAGCCUCAACUGCCAAGCCAAAACCCAAUUUCAAGCUGCUGUACGACCUUGACGGCCCGGUUCAAGAGCGCAUCGAGAAGAUCGGCCAGGUCAUGUAUGGAGCUGGAAAGGUGGAAUUUUCCGAACUGGCGCAAAAGAAGGUAGACACGUACGUUAAGCAAGGACUCGGCAAUCUACCCAUCUGCAUCGCGAAGACGCAAUAUUCUCUCAGUCAUGACCCAGCCCUAAAGGGAGCGCCCACUGGAUUCACGGUUCCAAUUCGGGAUGUUAGAAUGGCGGCGGGCGCAGGCUAUCUCUAUGCUCUAGCUGCGGAUAUUCAGACGAUUCCCGGGUUGCCAACUGCGCCUGGCUAUCUCAAUGUCGAUGUGGACACUGAGACGGGCGAUAUUGACGGCCUUUUCUAG